AUGAAUUCUGCUGAGAAACUGCCAAACACUGAGCAAAACCAAUCUCCUCAUCUGCCUCCCUGCACAAAUCCUGGCAAUCCAGUGUUUUCCUGUAUGCUGGACUCCAAGACACUCAUUACCAACAGUUCUUUGACAAAGCCUCAGGUUUUACUAUUCAGAACAACUUCAAGUGAAUACGGUGCUAUACCACCUAUCUCACAGAUGGUACCUUGUACUUACCAUCCAGUAGAUCAAACCUUUUCAAAACACUUACUGACUUAUGGGUCAUUUCAAGACAAUGGUUUAAAUACUGCCAUUAGCAGAAGUAGGGUAUAUGACUACCCUAAUUUCCAGCAUACUCUGUAA